AUCUGCAGAGAUCCCACAGAACAGAACCAGAACAGAACCUGCCUUCUUUAUCAGGUUACUUAGUUUUUUCAAGUCCCUAGGUCUGAUGCUGCUAUAGCAACAGAUGACAGCAGAAGAUUACACUUCAACAACAUAAUACACAACCAGCACCUUCAGUYCAAGGCUUCUUCACUUUGAACUGCAAUGUGCUAUAUAAAUAAGCUUGAUUGACAGCACUGCCUUUCCAUGAAUUAUCCUCAAAAAUAUGACACAAUUUAAGCAAAAAAUUAACUAGCUUUCUUAUAUAUUGUAUUAUCAUUGUAAAAAAAAGAGAGAGAAAUAUACCAAAUAUACAUGUCUUACCUUUUUGUGCUAAUUCUCCAGCAGGAGCUUGUUCUCUCUCUCUCUCUAAUUUUAUUAAAAACAUUUCCACCUAUUUACUGACUUUCUCCUUAACCCCAAUCCACUAGGUGGCAGUACUGUACCUCUCAGCUGCAUUGUCAUUGUUUAUGUUUGAGGAAGGAAAACUAGUGAACUGUUUUAGGAUGAGGCUGGUCUGUGGAAGGUGACAGGAUGAUUAAGUUUGUGCUAAUGGUGAACCAGCAGGGUCAGACCAGACUGUCCAAAUACUAUGAGCCAGUGGAGUUGAGUAAGAGAGCAGCGCUGGAAGCGGUGGCUGUCCGCUGCUGCCUGAGCCGCGGGAAGCAUCAGUGUUCGUUUGUGGAGUAUAAAGACUUUAAGCUGGUGUACCGCCAGUAUGCAGCGCUGUAUGUUGUGGUGGGGGUGACGGACAGCGAGAAUGAGUUGUCCAUCUAUGAGCUGAUCCAGAAUUUUGUGGAGGUUUUAGAUAAAUACUUCAGCCGUGUGAGUGAACUGGAUAUCAUGUUUAAUCUGGACUCCGUUCACAUCAUCCUGGACGAGAUGAUCCAGAACGGCCACAUCGUGGAAACGAACAAGAGCCGCAUCCUUGCUCCACUCACCGCCAUCGACAAAAUGGCGGAUGGGUGAAGGAAGCAGGAAAUGAUGUCACAGACUAUUGGAGCACUCUGAGAAAUAUUGGACUGGUGUUUGUUAGGGGUGCCCCGGUAAAUGUGUCCUGGUUUCCUUAAUGUUGGGUGAUCAACCGAAACUCACAUGUGAAACUGAUCUUAUCUUCCACUGCAAAGGUCUGAAACCACCCUGACAGACCUCCCACCGGGUCACCAGGUCACAUCUGCAUCUGUGCAGUUGACAACAGUYACUCCACUGUUGCCAACUUAGCAACUUUGCCACCAUAUUUAACAAAAUUCAGAAUUGGCAGGUCAGGCAUUUUGAAGAUCAGCGAUUGGCCAGAAAACUGCAAUCGGUGCACCCCUAGUGUUUGUAGAGCAAACUGCUGCCAGGUCUCCAUGAGGCGCUAAUGUACCAGUGUGUGCAUCUCACAGCAACCCUGAACAGUACAGAAUACUGCUGACAGGUUGCAACUGUGUGAAUUGUGAAGUAAUGUUUGUGGCUCAGACAGCUGAUAAUACAUGGUGAAACCUCA